CUGGUUACCAGGGGAACGCGAGACUGAAAAGUUACUCUCGUCUUCUUCUGCUGUUUCAAAGCGAAAUGAGCGCCGGAGAGACCGUGGCGUUGUUUUGUAGUAAUUUCAUAGACAGUGAUUCCCGCAGCAAGUAAUACCUUGCGAAGCAAAUGAUGUAGAGACAAACGAACGCACUUGGUACUGCCGUCCAUUCAUUGCAAGGUACGAUUGUCAGAGAAAUCUACAGGAAAUACUUAGCAAAAUGCCGUCCCCCGAGGUCAUUCAGCCCGUUCUUAAAAUGAAGGUGGACGAGCUCUUCAUCAACUGGUUGAGUGAUCCUGCAACCCAGUCAGUCCUUAAAGACUAUCUAGACCUUAUAAAGAGUGGACAACACAUUGACCUGAGUAGGAACUCCCACGAAAAGAGGUCUUUGAGCUUCAAUGAGAAUAACAACGUGGCAUCUCAGAAGAACCUCGCUGAGAAGAAGCCUUCUGCCCUCGCUACUCCCUCCAGCCCCCCAUCUGCCAGCACCCUACCGUCAGGGAGCGGUAUUAACAGCAGGGUGACGGGGCCCAAUGGCAGAGUACUACGGAGGUCUGUCAGUACAAAAAAGGCCCAGGUGAGGACGGAGGAGCCGGUCACCACCGCACUGAGUGAAAGCAUUCCAAAGUUUUACUUCCCACAGGGACGGCCCCAAGCCAACCUCAACAUCGACGGUCUCAUUUCCAAAAUUGAGAAAAUAUUUUCCCAAUUCCCAAAUGAAAGGGCCACCAUUGAGGACAUGGGGCAAGUUGCCAAGGCCUGUGAGUGCCCUCUCUAUUGGAAAGUGCCAUUGUUCAACUCCGCUGGAGGCGACAGGACGGGCUUCGUGUCUGUUCACAAAUUUGUAGCUAUGUGGAGAAAAACUCUGCAGACCUGUCACGAUGACUCUUCUAAAUUUGUUCACCUCUUGGCCAAGCCUGGCUGUAAUUACCUGGAACAAGACGACUUUAUUCCAUUCCUGCAGGAUGUGGUGAACUCACAUGCAGGACUGGCCUUUUUAAAGGAGGCGCCAGACUUUCACUCCCGAUACAUCACCACGGUGAUUCAGAGGAUAUUUUACAACGUUAACCGGUCGUGGACUGGAAAAAUAACAUGUUCUGAGCUCAGGAAAAGUAAUUUUCUACAGAAUGUGGCGUUGCUGGAGCAGGAGAAUGACGUGAACCAGCUCACAGAGUUCUUCUCCUAUGAACAUUUCUAUGUCAUCUACUGCAAGUUCUGGGAGCUGGACACAGACCAUGACCUCUACAUUGACCAGAAGGACCUGACGCGGCACAAUGACCAAGCCAUCUCACAAAAGAUGAUUGAGAGAAUAUUCUCAGGAACAGUGACAAGGGACAGGCGGGUCUAUAAGGAGGGACGUCUCAGUUAUGCAGAUUUUGUCUGGUUUCUCAUCUCUGAGGAGGACAAGAAAACGGACACCAGUAUAGAGUACUGGUUCCGGUGUAUGGACCUGGAUGGGGAUGGAGUUCUUAGCAUGUAUGAGCUGGAGUUCUUUUAUGAGGAGCAGUGCCAGAAGCUGGAGGCCAUGGCCAUUGAGCCACUUUCAUUUGAGGACUGCCUCUGUCAGAUGCUUGACCUUGUCAAGCCUGAGGUCGAAGGUAAAAUCACACUGCGAGACCUUAAGAAGUGCAAGUUGUCCCACAUCUUCUUUGACACUUUCUUCAACAUUGAGAAGUACCUGGACCACGAGCAGAAAGACCCUUUCUCUCUUGUAAGGGAGCUGGAGACAUACGGCCAAGAGGUGUCAGACUGGGAGAAGUAUGCUGCAGAGGAGUACGACAUCCUGGUGGCAGAGGAGGUUGCAAACAAUCAAUGCAAUGAUGUGUAUGAUAAUCCUUUGAGCCCUAUAGGGCAGCACAUCUCCACUGAGCUGGGUCUGACAAAGAGACACUUCUUUGAGAUCCCCAGUCCACACUGCAACCUGGACCUGGAUGAGUACGAGUACGCGGAUGACUUUGAAUGACUCUGGUUCUCACAGGCCUGCUGAGCAGCGGGUGCUUCCAGAAACGGAGCUGAAACAGCAGUGUUACCGAUCAGGUUCAGGUCUGGUUUUCUUUCUCCCAUAUGCAGAAUGCAGCUGGAGCACUGAUAGGCUCAGAUAUGCUGGACAACUGCUCGUGUUGUUUGGGUCUAAGCAGCAGGUAGAUUUGUAUGACACUGUACCAGACAUUCUAAUAUUCUCUUCUGACAACCAGCACACUUUAUACCUUUGCUCCUCUCUCACCACAGGAAACUGCGUGUUCUGCAUGUAAUAUUUGUGUACAUAAUGCUCAGAGCGGCUUUCAGUCACAUUAACAUUAAUAUUGUGUUGUCAUAUUCAUAUAAGCUAAACUCCAUUCUUCACACACUGGCUCCCUGAAUCAAUGGAUUUAAAUCAGGUUCUGCAGUCAUUGGCUAAUGUUACAUUCCAGUGAUCGUUCUGGUUUCCUAAAGGCUGUAAAUUCAACCAUUGUUCAUUUGCUGCGAUGAGAAGGAAGUGUAAAUGCCAAACAAGCCAUAGUUGACCUGCUGCCCAGUAUAUUUGUAUAGGCGUGCAUUAUGACAUGAGCUCACUGUGUGUGUGAGAUGAAGUUAUAAAUUAUUAGAGAUCAAUUUAUAAAUAACUGUAAAUAUUUAUUUGGUGCUUGCUGUGUUGUAAAUGAUUUUGGCAAGUGUUUUAGACACUGUUUUCUAUGCUAUAAAGUGCUUAAUUUAAAGUUACUUUGACAGAACAAAAGGAACCAAUUUUAAAAUGUUUUGCUCUUUAAUUGAAUAAUAAAGUCUUGGUUAAUAGA